AUGAACCGUCCACGCGAUUCCCCCACUGCCAGCUUCCGGAAAAUUCCGGACUUUCUCGCAGCAGCCGUCAAUUUCAACUGGGUCUGCGUUGAAGAAUCAAUGACAGAGAUCUUUAGUGACACCGGACUCAGACAGUUAACUCAAAUGUUCGUAGCGAUCGUAUUCUUCCACACAUCGGAAUACAUUCUCGCCAUAGCCAUUCACGGAGCAUCGAGAGUAACUUUAAGCUCACUAUUGAUCACAAAGCACUAUGCUUUAGCGAUGCUAAUCUCAGUCCUCGAGUACCUUAUCGAGAUCGUUCUCUUCCCGGGGAUGAAGCAGCACUGGUGGAUCAGCAAUUUCGGACUUGUAAUGAUUGUUCUCGGAGAAAUCAUCCGCAAAACCGCGAUAAUCACAGCGGGAAGAUCGUUCACGCACCUUAUAAAGAUUCGCCGGGAGGAGCAUCACAGGCUUGUCACGGAAGGAGUGUAUCGAAUCGUGAGGCAUCCGAGCUACUCGGGGUUCCUCGUUUGGUCUGUAGGAACGCAGGUGAUGCUGUGUAAUCCCGUAUCCGCGAUUGCGUUUGCGGUUGUGGUGUGGCGGUUCUUUGCAGAGAGAAUACCUUAUGAGGAGCAUUACUUGAAGCAGUUUUUUGGAAGACAGUAUGUGGAGUAUGCGCAGAGAGUUCCUUCUGGUGUUCCCUUUACGGAGACUCUUACCACAGUGCUACUAGUUAAGCCCGGCGAAGACUCUCCGAGAGAGCGAGCUUGUCCGAUCUAUAAUCUCAAGACGGGACCAUGUUGUGCGGAGGAGGCUCACCAUUUGUCCGAUCACCAUCAUCAUACGACGAUUGGAUUAGGGUUGGGGUUUUGUGGUGCUAAGAUUGUCCAGCUCUCUUCAAACUUUCUCAGGCCUUCUCAGGCUAUGGCGAACGGUCAUUUCUGCCACAAAUUGCAUCGACGGAUGGUUUCAUCCACUGGGUUUCAUCGCAGGAAUUCUGGAGAAGUCCCAGUUCUUCACAAUUGUUUCAGCCAGCGAGAAGAUGAUCCUGAGCUUCCAGCUGAAGGUUCACCCCCAGUUGCAGGAGGUAUUGUUGCUCUAGGGAAGUUUGAUGCCCUGCACAUUGGCCAUCGAGAGCUCGCCAUUCAAGCUUCCAGAAUCGGAACUCCGUAUCUGUUAUCUUUUGUUGGAAUGGCCGAGGUUCUCGGGGAGAAUUACCGAUUUGGGUAUAAAGCUUCUGGUGAUUCCUCGGAGCUAGUGAGGUUGUGCGAGGAGUAUGGUAUCGGUGCUUACAUCAUAAGCUCUGUGAUGGACAAGAAGGAAGACUCAGGGAAGAUAGACUCAGGGGACUCAAAAGACAGAGGGCAGGUCUCUUCCACACGUGUACGCCAAGCUCUUGCGGCGGGAGAUAUGAGGUAUGUAUCAGAGCUCCUUGGCAGGGCACAUCGGCUUAUCUUGCGAGUCAGAACCCGAGAUAUGGUGAAUCAUGAAAGGAGGAUCUCAGUCCCGAGAUCAUCAGUACUUAAUUUACCGCCUGGGAACGGAAUAUACAAGGCAUGUUUGCUUCUAGUUGGGGAUGAGCCUUCAAUUCCUUGUAGCGUAGUUGUUGACACAUUAGAUAUCCAUGUAGAAAUAGAGGAGCCACUGCUCUGUAAUUCAGAUUGGUCUCAAGAGUUUCGACUCUUGAGUGUUGAGUUCGGUUGAUUUAAUCUUAGUUUUCUAUAACUUCAUUUUGAAUUGUUUGUGUCUCAAUGAAAAUUCCUUGCAAAGAUUGAUCUGUCUCAAUUAAAAUCG